AUGCGCGGUCCCGCCCCCUGUUGUAUCAGCUGAUGAUACACAGUGCAGUUGAACGGUUUUGCUGUUCUCAUCCUGUACCCUCUGUCCAAUUCAAAGAUGGCCGCCAGUCGAUCCGAGCGGCUGACGUCACUUACCUGCGACUGAAGGUCAGGGCUGCAUGUGAUUUUCUAUGUAGUGUACAGUACUAGUUCACAAUGGAGGAAGAUAAAUCUGCUAAAGAUGAUCAUGGCUACCACCUGUUCCCUCAGAGGAACCCCCGGAAUCCUAAACCCCCGUCAUUUAUAUCCAAGCUGUACGGUCUCAACAUCAGGUGUAAGGCGAGGGUGAAGAUCGCCAUGGAGACAAAUCCGCACAUCAAAUUACUGUUAGCUGCCAUGAGUCAGGCGGGUUGCACAGCAGACAGAGAUAGACAUUUUACAUGUGAAGACUGCGACGGACAAGUGGGAGGAGGGUUUGAUUCAUCUACUUCUGAGAUUGUAAUAUGUCAGAAUAAUAUUCACGAUCAAAAGAACAUGAACAGGAUGCUGACACAUGAGUUGAUUCAUGCUUAUGAUCACUGCCGUGCACAAGUUGAUUUUUUAAGCAACAUUCAACACUUAGCCUGCACAGAGAUCCGAGCGGCCAGUCUUAGUGGAGAUUGCUCCCUUACCAAUGAAAUGUUACAGUUUAAAUUUGGAAUUAAACAGCAUCAUCAGACUUGUGUUCGAAACCGAGCAGUUCGCUCCAUUAUGGCUGCAAGGAACUUUAGUCAAGAGACUGCAGAAAAGGCUGUGGAUGAAGUGUUUGAUUCAUGUUUUAAUGACCGAGAGCCAUUUGGUCGCAUUCCUCGUAACACUGCUGAGGCAAAUAUGGCAUACAGAGAGUUUCGAAAUCGUGGAAGAUAUUAUGCAAAUAUAUAAAAUAAAUAACAUAUUAAAGUACAGAAGGCUAUCUCUACUCAGCGGAACCUUUAAUGGCUAGACUAUCAUCUCUACUAUUCUCUCUGGGGUACGAUAGGCCAUCAAAAUGUGAUAUCACUUUUGGAGGAUGAGGACACAGCUUUCUACCCUGCCGGCCUAGGCUAUAUGCAGAAAUGAUAAUUUGACACUCAUUUUGAACCUCUAAAACCUCAGUUUUACAGGCAGAACUUGUUUUGGUUUUCUGCCAUUUGUUUUUCUAUUGAGCUGUUUUUAUUUCCGGGGGAUUUUAUUUUUAUUUUUUUAAGUUCCAAAAUAUGAAUGUUUGUUGAGAGAUAAACAGCCUGAAAGAGGUCCCUUGCACUUAACUUUACCUGUAGUAAUCACAGAUGUAAACUAACACUAGUUUAAAGGGUACUUGUCAGCUAAUCACAGAUGUAAACGUAAACUAACGCUAGUUUAAAGGGUACUUGUCAUAUCACAGGGAAAAAAAAUGGUUAUAUAUGUUAUGCACCAGGUCAUGCAGAUGAUUUACAUGUCUUUAUAAGUCUGUAUUUGGCUCACAAAUCCCUCUGCUCUGGUGCUCACAGAUUCUUAUAGCGACUGCUCGGAAAGGUGCAUGUCCAAGGCAAGCACAAAUGAACUUCCUCCAUAAAUCUGCUGUGUUGGGUUUCUUAAUCCAAUCAUUGCAGGCUGCUUUGUAACCCCCUACUCUCUGUUCUCAGACAGGAGUCUGAUACGACAGGAAUGCUAGUUCUGCCCUGACUUACUGGAACUUGUCCCAGCCUGUGCUUCAGCUGGGACAAAGAUGAUGCUGGAGCCGGACAGAAUUAUGUUCUGGAUGGUAUGAGGACCUCUUUGUCUUUUUUUUUUUUUUUUUUUUUUUUUUUUAAGCCUUGAUAUCUAUAAAAAGGAUAUAAAAAAAAAAAAAAAGUGUUUCCUAAGUAUUUUAGAAAGGUUAAUAUUUUGCCAAGACAUACAACAUUAUACGUUUUUGAAUUUGACAGUGCCCAUUUGAACAUAAUUUGUCAGCUCAGAAGCUGAAAAUGUAUACAUUUUAUAAAAUCAUGUUUAUCUUCCAAGUUCAGGAGUUGUAGUGGCAACACGGUGCUGAGCUGCAUCAUGCAUGUCUUCUCCCCACCCCAAAAACUAUUUUAUUUUACUGUACAAACCACCAUAUGCUAUAAUACAUUUGUUUUAUUUAUCAGAUACUUUCUCAAGUCUGCAUUGCUGACCAUAAGAUAGAGCUGGCAGCUUAAACAAAGUGCUCAAAUAUUGUGUGGCAAUAGUAACAAAAGUUGUGAAUUGUGUCUUCACCCAACUCACUACAAGAGAAGUCUGCUAUGUAGCCCUGGUCUUAAAGCGGUGGUCCAGUGAGUAAAAAAAAUGAGUAUAGUGUUGGGGAUGUAGCAAUAUAUAAAUAAAUAAAAGCUAUACUUACCAACCCUUGAUUUACAGCUGGUUACAAAUACUGUUCUCAUUCUAGGCCCCAUAAAUCUCCUGUCAUCUCUUCCUGCUUCCAAAACAAGAGCUUUGUACAGGACCUCCCGGCUCCGCGGUGUUCCCUCUGGGCAGGUUCGAUUCCAAGCCUUAGUUUCUGAAACAGGAUUUGCAGCAUGCCUAGCAAGGGGGUCGGGAGUUGAUAUAAAUUUCUUUUGCAGACAUUCGAAUACCAGUGCCUACAAAAAGGAGAGAAGUUCUCGGGAUGUGCUAUAAAACGUAACUUUUACUAUUGAUGAUUAAAAGGUAUACAAAUACCGCUCGCCGGAACUUGCGAGAGAUCCAGUAAUCCCCGGCUCCCUGCGGGAUGCAGGUGUCUCACGCCGUGCUGCUUUAAACCUACAGUAACCGUGAAUUGUGAUUCUAGCGGCAUCUGAACAUUUAGCCCUGGGACAAAAGCUUUUCUCCUUACAGGACCGAUACCUUGUGUAAACCCAGCCAAACAUUUAUGAAUUAUUGGCGUGAUAUGUCUUUUGUUGCAGGUCCAUUGGCUAUACAUAUUUGGCAACUGCUGGAGGGUACUUAUACUUGCCUCCCAGGUCUUUACAUAUACUGUAGUCUAGUUUAUACUUACUCUGGGCUAUUAUAUGCUGUUGAGUUACGUCUACUACUCUAUACAUUGUACAUAGUAUACCUCCCUGAUGACACCACCAAUAUUUUUGGUAGAGAUGCGUUGGUGGUAUUUACCA